AUGUCACACGUCAAAUCCCUAAUGGAGCUCGCCACCAUGGCCGUCAUCAAAAACAUCAGGUUCCUCGAAAGCGUCGGCGACUACCUCCCCUAUGAGGCGGUGCGCUCCAUCCUCCUUCGCGUUGAGAACGCCCACCAGCUCCGCCGCAUCGAGCUCAGCUCGCCCCAGAUCCAGGGCCACACCGGCGAGAUCUGGAUCAAGAUCAUCGAGAAUGAGUUCCCCAUGGAGUACAAGGCCACUGCCUACAAGCCCUCCUCCCCGGAAAAGUGGUACAAGGUCUGGGAAAAGUACAAGCACGAGCACGACGUCGCCCUGGCCGAGAGCGAGGCCAAGCUCAAGAGGGCGCUCGCCGGCCUGCAGGAGGACAAGCAGCGCAACACCAGCCAGAUUGUCGAGCGCAAAUAUCUCCCUCGCGCGGGACGCGUCGGCCCCAAGCAGCGUCACUGGUCCCAGCGAGACACGGGCUCCAGUACCCUUUCCUUCGCCGGAGGUAGCCGCACCAAGACCAACACAGGCGCCAGCGUCAUGAAGAAGGUUCGCCGCGAGGCCCGCGAGAUUGCAAGCAUCAAGGGGCAGCUCUCCAAGCCCAUCCGCGCGCCCAUCCGCGCCCCGACCUUGAACAAGGCCCCUGCCGCCAUGGUUAACGACCAUCGACGCGCCGCCCUGCCUCAGUACCGCGUCACGGGCUCUUCUAUGGAACAAUACGAACAGCGAGCCACCUUUCUCUCGGACUCAGAUGAUGACGAUUUGGACAACAAGCCCGUCCUCCCCACAGCUUCCGCCAGAAAGACCGUCUCCGACGCGGCGAAGGUCUCCCUCCUCAAGAAGAGGCCCGGCACGGCCCCUUCCACCAAGCCCGUCGUCAAGCAGAUUCCGGCCAGGGCGAAGAGUUCCUCAUCUCCCCAGAAGGAUGGAGUCUCUGGCUCCACGUCCAGAAGCACUGCGAGCGCAGUAAAGCCCUCCGGGGCGGCCAACAAGAGCGCGUCCGCCGGGGGCUCGGGCCUGGCUGGCAAGCUCAACCGCUCGGCGACCAUCAACAAGGCCAAGCCAGCCAGCGACAAGCCUCGCGCUAGACAAGACGAAGACGCUUCGGACAAUGACCCGCCCGCUCGGCUGCCGACCAGCACGACGGUCUCUUCACCUCCUGGCGAGGCCGGCCCAUCGUCGCCCGAGGAGAUUGUCGCCUCACUCAGCGCAGCGCCUGCGCCAGGCCCCCCGAGGAAGCGCAAGGCCCCUAACGUCUUCAUGAAGCCCAAGAAGAGAGUGCACUAG